AUGGCGACCAUUCCCUCCCACAGCCUUCUUCUUCCAAAUCCAGUCAACCUGCAAACAGCUCACUCUUUUCCCCUAAAACCACACUUGCCGCAAUCUACUAUGAUCACUUUUCCGACAAGAUCAUCGCCGGCGAUGGCUAUUUCCAGAACCGAAGGAGCUUCAGUAUCGCCGAGGGUCGAGCCGGAAAGCUAUGGGAUUACGACGGCAGAGGAUAUUCGCCGUCGGGACAGAGAAGCUAAAGAGUCCAAGAGGCUGAGGGACACGUGGCGGAAGAUCCAGGGAGAAGACGAUUGGGCCGGGUUAAUGGAUCCGAUGGAUCCUGUUUUGAGAUCCGAGCUGAUACGGUACGGAGAAAUGGCCCAGGCCUGUUACGACGCCUUCGAUUUCGAUCCGUUUUCCAAGUACUGUGGGAGCUGCAGAUUCACGCGCAAAAAGUUCUUCGACUCGCUCGGGAUAUUCGAUUCCGGUUACGAGGUGGCGCGUUACCUCUACGCGACGUCCAACAUCAACCUUCCCAACUUUUUCUCGAAAUCGAGAUGGUCCAAAGUGUGGAGCAAGAACGCCAAUUGGAUGGGAUACGUGGCGGUUUCCGACGACGACGAAGCCAAGCGCCGCCGUCUCGGACGCCGCGACAUCGCCAUCGCCUGGAGAGGGACCGUCACGCAGCUCGAGUGGAUAGCUGACCUCAAGGAUUUCCUCAAACCGGUAUCCGGAAACGGGUUCCGGUGCCCCGACCCGACCGUUAAAGCCGAAUCCGGGUUUCUGGAUCUCUACACUGACAAAGACACGACCUGCAAUUUCUCGAAAUUCUCGGCGCGAGAGCAGGUUCUGACGGAGGUGAAGCGGCUGGUGGAGAGGUACGGCGACGAGGAAGAUGAUCUGAGCAUCACGGUGACGGGACACAGCCUAGGCGGCGCGUUGGCGGUGCUAAGCGCGUACGACGUGGCGGAGAUGGGACUGAACAGAACGCGGGGAGGGAAGGUGGUUCCGGUGACGGCGUUCACGUACGGAGGACCACGAGUGGGGAACAUUCGGUUCAAGGAGAGGAUGGAGGAGCUGGGAGUGAAGGUGUUGAGAGUGGUGAACGAGCACGACGUCGUGCCGAAAUCGCCGGGACUGUUUUUGAACGAGCGUGCGCCUCACGCGCUGAAGAAGCUGGCGGGAGGAUUGCCGUGGUGCUACUGCCACGUGGGGGAGAAGCUGGCCUUGGAUCACCAGAACUCGCCGUUUCUCAAAUCAUCCGUCGAUCUUUCCACCGCUCAUAACUUGGAAGCUCUCCUCCAUCUCCUUGACGGAUAUCAUGGGAAAGGACAGAGAUUCGUGUUAUCUAGCGGGAGAGAUCCAGCGUUAGUGAACAAAGCAUCUGAUUUUUUGAAAGACCAUUUUAUGGUGCCACCGAAUUGGCGCCAAGAUGCAAACAAAGGAAUGGUGAGGAACACGGAGGGCCGUUGGAUUCAACCAGAUCGCAUCCGUGCAGAGGAUCACCAUGCUCCUGACAUACAUCAUCUUCUCACCCAACUCCAAUAUCCCUCACAACUUCUGUAA